AUGAUGAUGCAGCGAAGAAGGGCUACACCGGAAGAACUAGCUCAAGGAGAAGAUGAAAUCCGACGAGCUAACCAACGUAUGGAGGCAGAGCUGGCCAGUGGAGCUGAGCCGCAGUUAGAGGACAAGGAAAGGUCUGAGGCAGAGGUUUUUGAGUCCCCCGGAAAUCCAAAGGAUAAAAGUCUGGGAAGUGAGGAGAAGCCAAAAAGUGCCCCGAAAUCUUUCUUUCCUCCUGGUGCAGAAAAGGCAUUACAGGAGUCAGCUGCGAAGUCGUCAGGUUCAGCGAAGUCAGUUCCUGCCACACCAAGGAAAACUCAGGUAUCGCCAUCAGAACGUUCCGAACUGCAGCAGAACCCUCAGUCUGCCCCAGGUUCAAAUCAAGCGGUUGUUUUGGCAUCCACCGAAGUUGUCAAGACUCCUGAGACCUCUGCGGCAAUGGUGGUAUCGAAUGUGCAGGGCAUGUCAAAUGGGCUUCAGUAUGCGGAAAAUGAUUCUGGGCGAGCGCAUCAAGUUGUUUCUGUGGAAGCCACACCUGCUGCCCAAUCCAAUGUUUCUUCAGUUCCUCUUUUUGAUGAAAGCCAGAUUCGAAGAUUCCAGGAAAUCUACAACCAAGCACCUUGGCUCUAUCCAGGGAAUCAGCUGUUGGGACCACCCGCAAUGGUGCCACAACCGAUAACAAGACCUUUGUUUUUGGAGCAAGAUGAGCGUAGAGUCCAUGGAGAGGCUGUGAGACCACCAAAGACCGAAGCUCAGGAUCCACGAAGUUUCAAAGCUGAGGAGGCUGUGAGACCCCCAAAGCAUGAAGCCGAAGAUUCGAGGAGCUCUCAACCAAAGGAGGCUGCAGACCCCCAAAGUCAAAGACCCAAGGAUGAUGGAAGUGGAGCCAAUACCACUUUCACUGAGCGAUCUUUGGAGUUCAUGGCACUCAUGAUGGACUCCAUGAAGGAGAUGCAUAAGCGCCUCAACGAGCCAAAGGACGAAGGCGUGAUCAAAGGAGUUGAAACGGUGAGGUCUGGAGCUCCAGAUCUCCCCUUGCUGGCUCCGUGGGAGCCCCAACAAGGACCCUUGAUCCUUGGAGACUGGCUGUUGAUCAUCGAGCCCAUCAUCUCAGACCUCUCAACGUCUGCGAGCGUGUGGUGGAAGACAUCGGUGUCAGCAGCUGAAGCCUGGUACAAGGUGCACAUGGCCCUGUCUCCUCUGGACAGGAUUCAACACAAGGUUGAGACACCUGAAGAAGUGCUUCAACAAAAAUGGGAAAGGUUGGAAAGAAGGGUUGCGACUAUGCUUCUUCAAGCCCUUCCACAAGAAGUUCGUGGUGAAUUGGUGGCUGCCAGAAGGCUCACCACCUUUGGUGUCAUCACGCACUUGCUGGUGACGUACAGCCCUGGCGGAAUCUCUGAGAAACAGAACUUGCUCCGGAACCUUGAAGACCCUCCGGAGAUCCCAACUGUCCAAGAUGGUCCAGCAGCUCUACGACGUUGGCUCCGCUGGCGACACCGAGCUAAAGAUAUCGGGGCGAUAGCUCCUGAUCCGAGUCUCCAACUUCGAGGACUCUUGAAGAUGUCAAAGAAGACCCUUGAAGCGCACCGAGAACUUCAGUUUCGUGUGAGCCUUGUGAGGAGUGGUUUACAAGUGGACACGGUUCCCAACGACACCAAUGUGGAGCAGUUCGCAUACCACCUCCUUGCUGAAUAUGAGCAGCUCUCGAUCUCUGAAAAGCGCCCUGGGGGAAAUGCAACUACAUCCAAGCAGGAUGCCACAAAAUCCAAACAGAAUGAAGUCGAAAAGCCGAAGGCUGCGAAGCUUCGAAAGUUGGAGGAGGAUGCAAGACCGAAAGAAAGAGGAGAGUCCUCACCGCAGAAGCCAAAGGUUCAGAAGGUUGAGGGGGAGGACACUUCGUCAACAAGCUCAAAGUUGAAGGAAGAUGAAGGGACUGAAGGUCCAACCAUGAAAGAACUGCUGGAACAGGAGAUGAUGGAUCGUCUUCAACAACAACUGGAUCGAAUGAAGCUCAAAGGCCUCAAGAUCAACCAGAUCAACUACGGCAGCCAACAGGGAUUGGUUGACUCAGGUGCCACACACCCAUUGCGUCCAAUGCGUCUGGGUGAAUCCAAGAACGACUACAAGAAGGUCUCUGUGACCCUUGCCAACGGUGAGAGCACUGCCCUUCAAGUUACUCCAGGUGGUGUGAUGGUCUCCGAGUGCAAAGAUGUCGAGCCUAUCAUCCCCAUGGGUAUGCUGGUGCAAAAGCUUGGAUGCAGGGUUGAUUGGAACCAAGGAACACUUCAAAUCCAUCAUCCUGAUCGUGGACUUCUACCAGUACAAUCUCAAGAGGGGUGCCCUCAAAUCCCAAGAGCUCUUGCUCUUGAACUCAUAGAUGAGCUGGAGACGAAAGCACUCCAGUCCAAGCCUGAAGAAAAGAAGUUUGAGAAGGAAAAGAUUUGGAUGCAAGCUCUGGUCGAAGCUCACCCUGUCCUUCGACAACUAUCAGCGGAAAUCAAGAAAAGCUUGGUGGUGGAUGUUGGAUCCUGGCGUGAUCUCCCUGUCAACCGACGUCAACGACGAAGACUUCAACGGGAUGGCUUCAUUGCUCACCUCUAUGCGGGGGAGUCUGAAGGGUUCACAUUGACAAGAGCCUACCAGCAACAGGGUGGGAAUCCAGCUGACAUCCUCGAGGUGGACAUCAAACGUGGGGAGAAUCACAAUCUCCUCAUGGACUCUGGAGUCUAUAGCGGUUUGCUGUGCGCUGUGAUGAGCGAUAAGGUCGAGGCCUUCAUCGCUGGACCCAACUGCAGAACAAGGUCAGUUUUGAGGCACUAUCCAAAAGAAAAUGCUCCGCGACCAGUCAGGGCGUGGGGAGGUGAAGAAUUUGGCCUCAAAGAUCUUUCUGAACAAGAGCGGUUGCAGGUGUUUGAGGACGACGUCUUGAUGUGGAGGUCUUCUGCUCAGCUCUCAAGAUGGGCUCCGGGCACAAUGAACAUGGUGGCCGAGUCUUUGAUGCUGCAUGUGAAGUGCCAACCUCUGAAGAUGUGCCCUCUCAGCUGGGAUGAGCACAUAGCACACGGCCAUACGCCAUAUCGGCGAGUUCUCUCGCUGGAUGUUGCAGGUCCUCUGAUUCCUGCCAAGGACCUGGGUGGCUUGCGAGCUCGAUGGAUGCUGGUUGGAACUCUGACAUGGGCCGUGCCAGCCGAGUCAAACAAGCUCCAAGAUGCUCAUGUUCCACAAGCUGACGGAGAUGAACCUCACUUUGAGGUUCACCCUGAAGAAGAAGAAGGGGCCCAAGCCCUAGAAGAUAAAAGAGAAGAACGAAGUGAGGCUGAAGAAGAAGAAGGAGGAAAGGUAGAAGUUUGGGGUGAAGAAGAUGGGGAAAAGAAAGAGGAUGAGCUCUCUCAAAAACCUCAUCCAGUGCCGCCAUAUCUGCUACCACCUUCACAACCGAAAGAUGGAGAAAAAGAACUUCAACCAGGUGGCUUUGACACCAAGAUCUUCCGCCUGGCCUCUCCGAUGAUCACCAAGACGGCAAGGGAGGUGACAAGAACCACAAUGGACAUGCUCCUCAGGCUUCGCAUGGAUGGUUUCCACAUCGGUCGCAUCCAUAGCGACAGGGGAAGGGAGUUUGCCGGCCAGUUCAAAAAAUGGGCCAACUCGCGGGGCAUAGCGUUGUCUCGCACCUCGGGCGAUGAUCCCAGAGCAAAUGGCCGAGUUGAAGUAGCCAUCAAGACCCUCAAGACUCAGGUGAGGCGAUUGCUGAAAGCUGCUGAUGUUGGCAGUGAACUCUGGCCCCUUGCAGCUCGAUAUGCUGAUGCCCUGAACAGAAGCUGGAGGAUUGGAGAAGAGCCGAAGUUGCCACCUUUUUUGCAAGAGAUGGUAUUGGCCGAUGAUGAGGAUCCAAUCCUGAUCAAACCUCCUGCUCUCCUGGUCGAGAAGAAGUACCUGAGAAGGGAUGUCUACUACCUGCCUGAAAAAGCGAUCUACGGGUUGCGACGGUCUCCAAGACUGUGGGGCCUCACCAGAGAUGAGACCAUCUCUGACUUCUCAAUCCAGGGGGAGCACAAUGGAAAGCACAUGGAGUUCAUGCUGGAGCCUUUGCAGUCCGAACCCAACUUGUGGAAACUGCGAAAUGCCCUUGAACCAGAAGACACCACUCUGUAUGGUCUUUUGAUGACUUACGUGGAUGACUUGAUGCUGGCAUCAUCUCCAAACUUACUCCAAGCCAUGCAGGCCAAGAUCCAAUCGACAUGGACCACUUCAACACCAGAGUUUGUCGGCCCGGAACCUGUCAGAUUUCUGGGAAUGGAGAUUUCAAAAGAAUGGAAAGAGGAGUUUCAAAGAGAUGUUUGGAUGGUGACGCAGCAGUCCUACACCAAGGACCUCACACAAAAGGAUCCUGAAGUCAAGCCAAAACGGAUCCCUUUGACCAGAGAUCAAUCAGCCAUGGAACCAAAUGAGGCUGAGAUCACACCUGAGCUGAUUCGCUCCUGUCAAAAAGCUGUUGGCGAAGUCUUGUGGCUGACAACCCGGGCACGGCCAGACGUCAUGUACGCCGUAAGCCGCAUGGGCUCGUCUUCAACAAGGGCACCACAUGCUGUUUUGGCAGCCGCACUCCAGCUCAAAGGCUACCUGAUGGCCACUUCGGAUGAAGGAUUGAUGUUCAAUGUGAAAGAAGGUGAAAGCCCCGUUUUGACGGUGUACACUGAUGCAGGUUUUGCGCCGGAUGCACAGGAGAGCCAUGGAUCAUUUGUGGUCCUGCUGGGCACAACUCCAAUUUUCUGGAGGUCGGGCCGCCAGAGCUACAUCACGCUCUCAACUGCUGAAGCAGAGCUCACUGAGAUCGUGGAGGGCAUGAUAGCUGGUGAAUCGAUCUACGUGAUCCUGGCCGAGCUCUUCCCUGUGGUCCACAAGCUUCUCAAAACUGACAGCCAGUCAGCACUUGCCAUCUUGUCCAAUGAUGGUGGUAACUGGCGAACCCGCCAUUUGAGGCUGAGGUGCUCCUUCGCAAGGCAGUCGAUCCUUGCGGGUGAAUGGGUCAUUCAGCAUGUGGCUGGUGAGUUCAUGAUUGCCGACAUCGGCACCAAGCCACUCACAGCGGCACGACUUGAGUUCCUCAAAAAGUUGAUGGGGAUGGGAAAACUGGUAAUCAAAGAUGAAGUGAAAAGUAUGGAAGUUGAAGAAAAGAAAGAAGGAGAAAAGCAGGACGGUCUUUUGACCACCAAGGAAAAGACCAAAGUCGCGGAAGCAGCCCAAGUUUUGAGGCUGAUCACUCUUGCAGCGUCAAUUGCUGCAGCCAAAGCGGAAGAGGGGGAGAAGGAGCACGAAGAGAACUAUCCUUUUGAGGUCAUCAUUGCCUACACCUUGGGCAUCAUCAUUUUGACGUUGGUGGCGCAGCGAAUCUGGAAUGCAGCAGUACGAGGGGUCAUCGUCGUACGACAGUAUGUUUUGGCCAACCUUGGAAGACUCUCCAUGAACGCUGUGCGAAAGGAGGAAGAGAUCCCCGAAGGAGAUCAAUCUGAAUCGCUCCCGGCAUCAAAUGAAAGCCGGUCCACCGACUCAAAUGAUGGUGAUCAAGUACCACCUCAAGCUCCGCUUCCAAUUCCUGAAGAUCCGCCCUCAACAUCAGAAGCUCCGCGACCAGAACAGGCGAUCAAUGUGGUUUUACAAUCAGAAGCUACCCAGACUGGAAUUCUUCCUGGGUAUAUUGCGAACGUGGCCCAGACUGGAAUAUUUCCUGGGCCUGAGUCCGAGGUGAUCCAGACUGGAAUAAUUCCUGGAUCCGACUCACGAAUGACCCAGACUGGAACAUUUCCUGGGUUUAACGAUCGCGAUGCCCAGACUGGAACGAUUCCUGGGCAUGAGACAUCGGCACUUUUUCAAGGUCAAGAAGAACGAGCCGCUGCUCUCGAGAUGCUUCGUCAACAUGAUGCGACGAUGGUUAACUAUGAGGCUGAGUGGAAUCAAAUUCUCAGAGAAGAAGAUCGAGUUCGUGAUGAGCUCACCAAUGCUCAGCCGGGACAUCCCAUUUUGGGACCUAUGAAUCCUCCACAAGCUGAACCAGCGCUACCACUCCUGCCCUUCGAAGUGAUCACUACGCGGCAUGGAACCGUGUAUCACAAUCGGUUGGACUGCCGGUAUCUCACUGCGCCAAUGACUGGACAUGCGCGACUCCAUCGAUGGUGCACCAAGUGUCGAGCCGAAGCAGCCCAGACUGGAAGAAUUCCUGGGCAUGGAUUUGCAGUGCUGAUCAGCGGCCGAGAGAUCGAUUUUCAUACUGAUGUGACAUGUGAAGAAGCUGAAAGAGCUUCCACUUUUGCACUCUGCACUGCAUGCCUUGAAGGUACUUGA